UGAAAAUUGAUUCUUAAGCUUAAAAUUUAAACCCAAUUUAUUUCGAACGUUUCGUUGAUACAUCGUUUUUUUGUGUCGCCUUAUAAAUUUAAAAAUGCUUUGUCCUGAAGUAUGGAAUUUUCCUCCGCCUAAAGUAAUAACUUCAUACAAAAAAUGUGCAAACUUAGAAACUGUAAUUAGUGCAGUUGAACGAAAUUGUUUUUAUAAAAGUGCGAUUGUAACAUGUCCAGAUGAACUGCAUACGCCACAACAGAUUGCGGAUAUUUUACUAGAAGAUAAUGAUUAUUACACGGUGUUCAAUUGCAGUUUGACAGAGUUUUUGGAGCCGAUUUUCAUACAAAAUUUUGUUAAAGCGGGAAAAUUAUAUUGUUUAACGGCGGAUACAAACUGCAUUGUGCAAAACUGUGCCGCUAUAACCCCCGACGGGGUGUUAACAUUGAAUAUUCUUGAUUCCAUUUAUCAAACUCUAGGUCUAGAAGGAAAUAAAUGCUCCCAUAGCUAUUAUCAGAUAAAAGUUAACCUAAUAGACUUGACUAGAUUAAAAAUUGUGGAAAGAACCAGAAAAGCUCUGUCCAAAAUUAAGUCAUUCAAUUUCUAUGUAUCUUGGGAACCAGAUAAGAUUAACAUUUGUCCAUCAUCAAUUGCAAAAUAUUUUUGUGACAGAAACUUUGAAGUAUCAUGUCACAGCCUAGAAGUACAAAAAAUAACACCAGAUGUCCGAGAAAUACCAACUUUAAUAGAUUGUGAAAUAGAAGAAAUUGUAGAAUGGAUUGGAAUGCUGGCACAUGGAGCAGAAUUAUGGCCAACAGAAGGUUAUGUUAGCUCAUACAGUGAGCCGGAAUGUGCUUCACCAUUACAAUCAUCUAGAAUAUCACUGCUAAUUAUCAAAGGUUUUUUAACUCCAAAUAUAUUAUCAAAUGCAUGUAAAUCUUUAGCAGAUUAUGUUGAAUCUCGAGAGCUAAAGGAUUAUUGGUCUUCAAUAAGCAUACAAAGUGUUGAGGAUAGCCUAUGGCAAUGGAGUACGAGUAGCCCUAAAAUGUUCCAGCCCCAGAAUACUUCUUGUAAUUUUUUCUUUUCUCAAGGUGGAUGUACAAUGUAUUCAAUAGGACAAUUAAAAUAUUCAUAACACAUCUUA